CGACUUAUUGAUUAUGAGAAAAUGGUGGAUCACAGAGGAACACGGGUGGUGGCAUUUGGACAAUGGGCAGGUGUGGCAGGGAUGAUCAACAUUUUACAUGGAAUGGGUUUAAGGCUCCUUGCUUUGGGACAUCACACACCGUUUAUGCACAUUGGCAUGGCUCAUAACUACAGGAACAGCAGUCAGGCUGUGCAAGCCGUCCGUGACGCUGGCUAUGAAAUAUCUCUGGGGUUGAUGCCAAAGUCAAUAGGGCCCUUAACAUUUGUGUUCACGGGGACUGGUAAUGUAUCCAAGGGAGCCCAAGAAAUCUUUAAUGAGCUACCCUGUGAGUAUGUGGAGCCCCAUGAAUUAAAAGAAGUUUCCCAAACUGGAGACCUCAGAAAAGUAUAUGGGACAGUGUUAAGUCGCCAUCACCAUCUUGUCAGAAAAACAGAUGGCAUUUACGAUCCUGUGGAGUAUGACAAAUAUCCUGAGCGCUACAUAAGUCGUUUUAAUACUGAUAUUGCACCCUAUACAACUUGUUUAAUUAAUGGAAUCUACUGGGAACAAAACACCCCUCGCCUACUAACCCGCCAAGAUGCUCAGAGUCUCCUGGCUCCAAGCAAGUCCUCAGUUGCUGGUGUUGAAGGCUGCCCCACUUUACCACACAAACUUGUGGCAAUAUGUGACAUUUCAGCUGACACAGGAGGAUCAAUAGAGUUUAUGACUGAGUGUACAACAAUAGAGCGUCCCUUCUGCAUGUAUGAUGCAGACCAGCAUAUUAUUCAUGACAGUGUUGAAGGCUCUGGGAUUCUGAUGUGUUCCAUUGACAAUCUGCCGGCGCAGCUUCCAAUUGAAGCUACAGAAUACUUUGGAGACAUGCUUUACCCUUACGUUGAAGAAAUGAUAUUAUCAGAUGCAACACAGCCUCUUGAAAGUCAAAAUUUUUCUCCUGUGGUGCGAGAUGCAGUGAUUACAUCCAACGGUAGAUUGCCUGAUAAAUAUAAAUAUAUCCAGAAACUCCGGGAGAACAGGGAACAUACUGGGUCACUUUCAAUGGGCACCAAGAAAAAGGUCUUGAUUCUUGGAUCUGGCUACGUGUCUGAGCCUGUAUUAGAAUACCUGUCAAGAGAUGGCAAUAUAGAAAUAACAGUAGGCUCUGACAUGAAGAAUCAAAUUGAACAGUUAGGCAAAAAAUAUAAUAUUAAUCCCAUUAGCAUGGACAUUGUUAAACAAGAAGAGAAGUUGGGCGUCUUGGUGGCAACACAGGAUCUUGUCAUCAGCUUGUUGCCUUAUGUAUUGCAUCCUCUUGUGGCCAAGGCAUGCAUCACCAGCAAAGUUAACAUGGUCACUGCAAGCUAUAUAACACCAGCGCUGAAAGAAUUGGAAAAGAGUGUGGAAGAUGCUGGCAUCACAAUUAUUGGUGAAUUGGGAUUGGAUCCUGGUCUUGAUCAUAUGCUGGCAAUGGAAACAAUAGAUAAGGCCAAAGAAGUGGGAGCCACGAUUGAGUCUUUUAUUUCCUACUGCGGUGGGCUUCCAGCCCCUGAACAUUCCGAUAAUCCUUUGAGAUAUAAAUUUAGCUGGAGUCCAGUGGGAGUUUUGAUGAACGUAAUGCAGCCUGCCACCUAUCUGCUCGAUGGAAAGGUUGUGAACGUUGCAGGGGGAGUCUCCUUUCUCGAUGCAGUUACACCCAUGGAUUAUUUCCCAGGAUUAAAUUUGGAAGGCUAUCCUAACAGAGACAGCACAAAAUAUGCUGAGAUUUAUGGCAUUCUGUCUGCUCACACUUUGUUGCGGGGGACACUGAGAUAUAAGGGAUAUGCCAAAGCUUUAAACGGAUUUGUAAAAUUGGGUCUGAUAAACAGAGAAGCAUUUCCUGCCCUUCAACCUGAGGCCAGCCCUCUCACAUGGAAAGAACUCCUCUGUGACCUAGUUGAGAUUUCACGUUCCUCCAAGCACGAUGUGCUUAAGGAAGUUGUCCUUAAGAAACUAGGAGGGGACAAUACCCAGCUGGAGGCCGCUGAAUGGUUGGGCUUACUUGGGGAUGAACAAGUCCCUCAGGCAGAGUCCAUCGUAGAUGCACUCUCUAAGCAUUUGGCCAUAAAACUUUCCUACGGCCCUGAAGAAAAAGAUAUGAUUAUAAUGAGAGACAACUUUGGAAUCAGACAUCCUUCUGGACAUUUAGAAAAUAAAACUAUUGAUCUUGUGGUUUAUGGGGAUGUCAAUGGCUUUUCAGCCAUGUCUAAAACUGUCGGGUUACCCACCGCCAUGGCAGCCAAAAUGUUGCUUGACGGUGAAAUUGAAGCCAAAGGUCUGAUGGGGCCUUUUUCAAAGGAGAUCUAUGGACCAAUACUGGAGCGAAUUAAAGCAGAAGGCAUCAUAUAUACUACGCAGAGCACAAUUAAACCAUAAUUGGAAAUUA